UCAUGAUCCCCAAGAUGCGCACGACAGAGGAACUACCGUGCCAUUCACACUACUCGCUGCUCACUACUCGCUCCCUGGCAAUUAUUGGCUGCUGCCCAACAGCGAGGGACUGAAUACAGGCAGGAUCAGAUGACGUCGUGGCGGUGGGCCAACCACAGCCAAGAGCCCGGCCCCAGUCCAACUUGCAACUGGUGAUGUACCACUGCCAUCCAGCCCGCCUCGAUCGGCAGCGAGCUUCAUCACGGCCACGUCUUGGUGGAAUAAUGGAAUAAAUCAUCUGUACCCCCGAGAAGUUGAGCUACCCUUAUUACAAUAUCAUUCUUAUCCCUGGCCUGUCUACCUGGUCGACCUAGUCUCUUCUCUCUCGCGCCAUGGCCGACACCACCAAUCCCCCCCUCAGCUACGAGGCGUCGGCCACCACUACCCAUCCGUACGUGGGCACCACGCUGCCGCCCGAAGUCAUCACCUGUCUCAAGAACUCGCGAUACCUGCACUUGGCAACAUGUGACGGCCUCACCCCACACGUCUCGCUCAUGUCCUAUACCUAUCUCCCCAGCACGCCAUUCGAUGUCUACCCCAGUAUCAUCAUGACUACGAAUCCCUCAUCACGGAAAACGCUCAAUCUGCAAGGGAAUCCGCGCGUCUCGCUGCUUGUCCACGACUGGGUCUCCCACCGGCCGCCCACUCGCCCCCCGAACGGCCGUGACGGCUCCCCUCCACCUGCCGCAACUCGAUCCUCGCUCGCAAGCCUUUUGCUCAAUUUAAAUACAAGUGCCUUGUCGAGUAUCUCUACCACAAUAACCGGUACGGCGCGGUUCUUGGAAUCGGGCUCCGAGGAGGAGGAGUGGUGCAAGAAUCAACAUCUAGAGAACAACACAUUUGUGGCUGCGCCCGGUGAGGAAAUCCCAUUCGCACAGCGCCGUGGCAGUGGAGUUGCAGAGACCCCCAUGAUCGAUGAUAAUAGCCGUGUUGUGGUUGUGCAGGUGCGAGAAGGGCGUAUUGCAGAUUGGAAGGGCGGGGUCCGAGAUUGGCAGUUACUGAGAGAGGGUGAAGCGCUUCAUGGGGGGAUCAAUGGGGUGUCCUCUUAGUAUCUAAAAGCUAUUUGAUUAAACAAACUAUAUGCAGGGUAGAAAACUAUGUGAAUGGCGUGAAUACAACAUUUAUUGCAGUAUCAUGAAUCGUGACCGUAAAUCACGUGCCAUGUAGCUUUAACGGAGCUCGCCCUAUGGCGUCA